AUGGCGAGUGGCCGACCCCAGCCAGACUUCUGCACCGACAGAUGUCGCCCGGGCGUCGCCCAUGCUGGACUGCGGCUGUCCGACAAACAGCUGGGCCACUGCCUGCGCCGGUCGGAUCUCAGAAUCCCGAAUGCGCGGAGGUCUUGGUCAAAUUUCGGCACGUCGCGAACGGGGGUUGGCACGAGCGGGGCCGCGGGUGACGUGGGGGAGAGUCUCGAAGACCUGAGGGCCAGCCUGGAGGCCGCCAUCGCGAUCGAGGACUACGCGCAGGCCGCCAGUCUGAGGGACAGGAUCAGGGCGCUGGAGACGGAAGACCCUGUAAUCGAGCUCAGGCGGCGAUUGCGAGAGGCUGUCGACGCGGAAGACUACGAGGAAGCUGCACUUGUCCGUGAUGAGCUUGUUAGGCAAGGUGGAGACUUGGAGGCUGGUACUGGAUCCAUAGAAGUGGAGUGCUUCAGUGAAACCAUUACAAAUGAAGUGAAGGUCCGAGUGAGAAGCUUCUUCCUGGACCACUUGUCAUCUGUUGACAGCGGACAAUAUGUUUUUGCCUACCAAGUGGAGAUUAUCAAUGAAGGAAAGGCCUCUGUGCAGCUUUUAAACCGACACUGGGUCAUCACAGACGCCAAAGGAAAAGUUGAGGAAGUCAGGGGACGGGGCGUGAUUGGCCAGACGCCCAUCAUCAGGCCUAGUCGCUACUUCCAAUACGUUUCCGUCUGCCCUCUCGCCACCCGCAAAGGGUGCAUGCAGGGGGAGUACGAAAUGGUCAUACUCAACCCAGAGAACGAGGCCACGGACACAAUUCAAGUCAGGAUUGGGCGGUUUGGGCUGGACGUCAGAGUGCAGGCGCCGAUGUGA